AUGGCUUCCCUCGGCGCCGAAAAGAAGCACAAGGUCACCGUGGUGGGCUCCGGUAACUGGGGCUCAACCAUUUCCAAGAUCGUGGCCGAAAACACAAAAGCCCACCCGGACCUCUUCGAGGAGGACGUCCACAUGUGGGUGUACGAAGAAGACGUCGUCCUCGACGCCUCCUCCCCCUACCACGACCCCGCCGUCGGCUCCUCGCCGCAGAAGCUCACCUCCGUCAUCAACAAAUACCACGAAAACACCAAAUACCUGCCCGGCAUCAAGCUCCCCCACAACCUCGUCGCCAACCCCUCCCUCCAGGACGCCGUCAAGGACUCCACCAUCCUCGUCUUCAACCUCCCCCACCAGUUUAUCGGCAAUGUCUGCAAGCAGCUGCGCGGCCACAUCCUCCCCUUCGCCCGCGGCGUCUCCUGCAUCAAGGGCGUCAACGUCUCCGACGACGGCAUCUCCCUCUUCUCCGAGUGGAUCGGCGACGGCCUCGGCAUCUACUGCGGCGCCCUCUCCGGCGCAAACAUCGCCUCCGAGAUCGCCGCCGAGAAGUGGUCAGAGACCACCAUCGCCUACGACCCGCCCCCGAUGGACAACUCCCGCGCACCCACCCCGCGCUCCACCUCCCCGAACCCCAACGGCAACGGCAUCGCCCCGUUGACCCCCGUCGAGAUGCAGCACAAGGACGCCCGCGGCCGCACCUCCAAGACGAAGCUCACCCCCGUCCCCGCAGAGUACCCGCCCCUCGACCACCAGAUCUUCAAGACCCUCUUCCACCGCCCCUACUUCCACGUCCGCCUGGUCUCCGACGUCGCCGGCGUCUCCCUCGGCGGCGCCCUCAAGAACAUCGUCGCGCUCGCCGCCGGCUUUGUGGACGGCCGCGGCUGGGGUGACAACGCAAAGGCCGCCAUCAUGCGCGUCGGCCUGCUUGAGAUGGUCAACUUUGGCAAGGAGUUCUUCGGGCAGACGGUGCACACGGGCACCUUCACCGAGGAGUCGGCGGGUGUUGCGGAUCUGAUCACGUCGUGCAGCGGUGGACGUAAUUUCAAGUGCGCCAAGAUGGCCGUCGAGGAGGGUCUGAGCGUGCAGGAGAUUGAGAGGCGGGAGCUCAACGGCCAGCUGCUGCAGGGCACGAGCACCGCCAAGGAGGUCAACAGCUUCCUGAAGGCGAGGGGGCUGGAGAAGGACUACCCGCUGUUCACCGCGGUGAACGGCAUUCUCGAAGGGCGGCACAGCGUUGACGAUAUCCCGAGCCUCGUCUCGGAUAACUAG